CCCUGUUCAAGUUAAAUUAGGAAAACGGACACUCCAACUUAAAUUGAAUGUAGGCUAUAUUUAAAAUGGAAGGACUUAUACCUGUGAUAAACAAACUUCAAGAUGUAUUUAAUACUGUCGGCUCAGAAGUCAUAAACCUACCACAAAUUGUAGUGAUUGGAAAUCAGAGCUCUGGUAAAAGUUCUGUGAUUGAGAGUUUGGUAGGGCGAGAUUUCCUCCCUAGAGGUACCGGUAUUGUUACUCGGCGACCUUUGAUCCUUCAGCUGAUACACGUCAGUAAAAGUGACAGAGAGGCAAGAGCACAGGAUGGAGAUCCAAUUAAAGCAGAUGAAUGGGGGAAAUUCCUGCAUACAAAGAACAAAAUCUACACAGACUUUCAGGAGAUUCGACAUGAAAUUGAAAAUGAAACAGACAGAAUGUCAGGAUCCAAUAAGGGAAUUUGUCCAGAGCCAAUCAGUUUGAAAAUUUACUCGAAUAAAGUGGUCAGUCUUACGCUGGUUGACCUGCCUGGGAUGACCAAAGUCCCCGUGGGGGACCAGCCAGAAGACAUAGAACUCCAGAUACGGGACCUGUGUAUGGAUUACAUCCAGAACCCUAACUCCAUUAUCCUGGCAGUGUGUGCUGCCAACACGGACAUGGCCACUUCAGAAUCCCUCAAGCUCGCUAAAGAAGUAGACCCAGAUGGUCGGCGUACAUUGGCAGUAGUGACAAAGCUAGACCUUAUGGACCACGGAACAGAUGCAAUGGAGGUUUUGUGUGGGCGUGUCAUACCUGUAAAGCUAGGAAUCGUAGGUGUGGUCAACAGAAGUCAAGCUGACAUAAACAAAAACAAGGAAAUGUCGGAGACUUUGAAAGAUGAGGCAUCAUUUCUACAGAGGAAGUACCCCACCAUAGCUAGUCGACAUGGUUCUCAGUAUCUUGCCAGGACUCUCAACAGACUGCUGAUGCAUCACAUUAGGGACUGUCUUCCAGAACUUAAGACUCGAGUCAAUGUGUCCAUCGCUCAGUUCCAGUCUCUGCUGAAUUCCUUCGGAGAACCAGUGGAAGACAAGAGUCAGCUGUUAUUACAAAUAAUUACCAGAUUUGCCACAGCUUACUGCAGCACCAUAGAGGGAAACUCUAAAAACAUUGAGACUUCAGAACUAUGUGGAGGGGCCAGGAUUUGUUAUAUUUUCCAUGAGACUUUUGGUAGGACUCUAGAGACAGUCAAUCCACUGGGAGGGUUAACUGCCCUUGACAUUCUCACAGCUAUCAGGAAUGCUACGGGCCCAAGACCAGCUCUAUUUGUACCAGAGGUGUCGUUUGAGCUCCUUGUGAAGCGACAGAUCCGACGUCUAGAGGAGCCCAGUUUACGGUGUAUAGAACUAGUCCAUGAGGAAAUGCAGAGGAUCAUACAGCACUGUGGAACACAGCAAGAGAUGUUGAGAUUUCCCAAGCUUCAUGAAAAGAUUGUAGAUGUUGUAACCAACUUGUUACGAAGGCGAUUACAACCCACAAACAAUAUGGUACAAAAUUUAGUUGCAAUAGAGUUAGCAUAUAUCAACACCAAGCAUCCAGAUUUUCAUGAAGCCAACUUAUUCCAAAGAUCACAAGAACUGGAAAUUAGUAAAAAUUUAAAUGAAUUCCAUGUAAAUAAUGAAUCUACAAAAGACCAUAAGAAGGGGAAUCCGGGUAAAAUUUCUAAUUACUUGCGGGGUCAGGGUGACCUACAUAAUGAUUUGUCACAGACCAGUAGCCCAGCAAGCAGUCGACCAGAUUCACCCAUACAUGCUGUAAAGGGAGUUAACCUCCUGUCAGAUGUGCCCCAGCCUACAUCUAGGAAACUCUCCCCCAGGGAACAGCGGGACUGUGAUGUCAUAGAACGCUUAAUCCGAUCCUAUUUUCUGAUUGUGAAGAAGAACGUCCAGGAUACGAUCCCUAAGGCCAUUAUGCACUUCCUGGUGAACUACGUAAAGGACAAUCUACAGAGCGAGCUCGUUAGCUCACUGUACAAGAAAGAAGAGCUGGAGUUCCUUCUGGAGGAAUCAGAGCAUAUAGCACAGAGGCGUAAGGAGGCCAGUGAAAUGUUACAGGCACUUCAACGAGCGAGUCAAAUUAUUGGCGAGAUAAGAGAGAUCCAUCUGUGGUGAUGAUUGGUUAGCGUAAACCAAAGGAAGGAUUUAUAAUCAUUACCCCGCUACACAGGAAUUCACAGAAACAUGAACAUUAUAAACAAUUCAAUCAAUGUACAUUGAAACAAAUGAGACUUCUCAUAUACAUCUCUAAAACCCAUACAUGUACAUUUCAUUUUUCUACAGGAGAGUCCAGAAAACUUUGAUGUUGUUUUAUGGGUAUAUCUACAUCUAUGCGUAUGAUGAAAUUUUAUUCACUUCGUAAAUCAAAAUGAAAUGUGUGUAAAAUGAGUGCUACAACUGUUUUUUUUUCUU